AGGCAGCCUGGGAGAAGCAUGAAAUGGAUACAUGGGAAGAUGAUCCAGCUGACCAGCGUACUUGCCUUAUCUGUGGAGAUCGCGCCACAGGCCUGCACUAUGGCAUCAUCUCCUGCGAGGGCUGCAAGGGCUUCUUCAAGCGCAGCAUCUGCAACAAGCGGGUGUACCGCUGCAGCCGCGACAAGAACUGCGAGAUGUCGCGCAAGCAGCGCAACCGCUGCCAGUACUGCCGCCUGCUCAAGUGUCUGCAGAUGGGGAUGAACCGCAAAGCAAUCAGGGAGGACGGCAUGCCGGGAGGGAGGAACAAAAGCAUCGGGCCUGUGCAGAUCACAGAGGAGGAGAUAGAGCGCAUCAUGUCGGGGCAGGAGUUCAAGGAGGAGGCCCCUGAGCACACCUGGGGCAACAACGGCGACAGCGACCACAGUUCGCCCAGCAACGGGGCGUCGGAGGGCAACCAGCCGUCGCCCGCCUCCACCCUGUCGUCCAACCGCUCCGUGGAGAUGAACGGCUACACGGCGGCGCUCAGGGACCAGUACAUCAACACCUCCAUGUCCACACACUACCAGCUGCUGCCCCACCUCUUCAGCUACGCCGCCCAGUCGGGCCUGCUGGCCCCCCAGCCCCGCGGCCUCUACCCGCAGUCCCACCCGAUGGUGCUGCAGCUGGUGGCCGCCGAGGACCUGGCGCCCCUCACCACCCCCAUGCUGAUCGAGGACGGGUACAAGGUGACCCAGGUGGAGCUGUUCGCCCUGCUGUGCCGCCUGGCGGACGAGCUGCUCUUCCGUCAGAUCGCCUGGAUCAAGAAGCUGCCGUUCUUCUGCGAGCUGUCCAUCGAGGACUACACCUGCCUGCUGAGCUCCACCUGGCAGGAGCUCAUCCUGCUCUCCUGCCUCACCAUCUACAGCUCCCAGAUCUUCGGCGACCUGGCCGACGUCACCGCCAAGUACACGCCGUCGGACGACGAGCUGCAGGGCUUCAGUGAGGACGGCAUGGAGGUGAUGGAGCGGCUCAUUUAUCUGUUCCGCAAGUUCCACCAGCUGAAGAUCAGCAACGAGGAGUACGCCUGCAUGAAAGCCAUCAACUUCCUGAACCAAGACAUCAGAGGACUGUCCAACGUCUCGCAGCUCGAACAGCUCAACAAGCGCUACUGGUUCGUGUGUCAGGACUUCACCGAGUACAAGUAUCCGCACCAGCCCAAACGCUUCCCUGAGAUCAUGAUGUGCCUGCCGGAGAUCCGCUGCAUCGCAGGGAAGAUGGUGAAUGUUCCUCUGGAGCAGCUCCCCCUCUUGUUCAAAGCAGUCUUGCACUCUUGCAAAUCCAGCCUGACCAGCUACCGGACCGGCCCGUCGCCCUGCGUGACCGCCGCCUCCGGAAACUAAAACCCCGCCCCCGGCCGCCCGAGCGGAGGGUCCGGUCUCCCCUCCUGUGAAUGUGACAGCAGCUAGUUAGGAUUUUUGUAACUUUUUUCUUUAUAUAUUUAUUACACGACAGAGCUGAAUGUAUGCUGAUUUACACUGUGCACAUGCUUCUGUACAAAACAAAUGCUCGUAGAUGCAUUGGUCUUUGGAGUUUACAAGUGUGUAUCCAGUUUGCUCAAUGUGUCCGUGUUGCCAUUGUUAGAGCGAGACUUUAAAAGAGUUUAUUUUAUUCAAACGGGGCGGCUAGACACAUGUGACGAGUGUUUUGAGACUACCUCAGGAAGAUGUUGUUGCCAUUUUUCAGGUACCUUUUUCUUGCUGUUAAACAAAGAGUUUUCCCAAGUCUGAAACCAAAUCCCUGUGGAUGCUUUGGCCCCUUCAAUCAGAGACGAAUGUUUAAAGGAGCUGCAGAAAUCAAGAGCGCGGUGCUGCGUAGCGCCCGAAAUGCAAGCUUGAGCUGCUUUAUGUGCAUGAACUCUCAGACAUCCUGCUUACGGGAGGCGGUCUUGACAAUUUAACAUUCCAUAAGUUUAAGGUGACAGUGGUUGGAUCUGUGGGAUCGCUGAAAAAAGGAGCAUACGGGUAUUUUUUACAAUCAUAGACUGGGGAUGUAAGGCUUUAUUGCAGGGGUAGAAGGGGAGGAUAGCUAGGUUUGCUGUUUUAGUGUUUUUCCUGUCUUGACCAAAGUGUUAUGCAACGAUUUUUUCACCCAUUGAUGGGUAAGGAGCUGACAGCUCGACGAAUAAG